UUGUGCAGCUAUAUAAGUGUCCAGCACUGGGAGCUCCGACAACAAGCAGGACCUGUCCUCUCCUGGUGAUCAGACACAAGCAGAUGCAGAGCCUUGCAGAGCCUUGCAGAGCCUUGCAGAGCCUUGCAGAGCAGCAGAUGACACAGCAGCACCCAUCACCCUGAGCACUGAAGCUGCUGUCACCUCCUAACACAGUCCUUGGCAGGAACCCUGGCACAACCCUGAGCACCUCAACCUACUACACAGCCUGGCAGCACCUUCUACAGGCAGCAACCUUGGCAGCACCUUCUACAGGCAGCACCUUCUACAGGCAUCACCCUCACAGCACUGAAACCUUUUUCACAUCUUGGCAGUAAAAUCUAAACCCUUCUGUCCAGGACACCCAGUGAAUUGCAUCCAAACCUGAUAGAUAUAAUCACAUCCAUAUCCCAGCCUGGCAGUGCCCAGUGAUUAUACAUCAAAGGACUGUGCCCACCCUACAGAGCCUGGAGGUACCCACUGCACCCAAGACCUGGCAGCACCCACCUUCAUCCAAGACUUUUUUUUUUUUUGUCCAUACUGUGGAUCCCAUCUUGAAAGUUUCUGGCUGCCAUGAACUGUGCCCUUCUACAAUGUGCACUUAACCCUUGCAGCCCCCUCCACACUGACCCAGCUCUGGAUUGCACAAGUACAUGUGAAGCCAAGUAUCCGGGCAGGUAAGAGUGUGGACUGUGUUACUCAGCAAAUAAAGAAGGGCUGGGGAAAGUCUUGCAUGACUGGUCUGGGCAUCACUACCGGAGUAUACUAGUAGCUGGCACCAGGAGGGCAUGGAGGCUAUAGGGUGCCCCUGAGUGGAGCUGCUCACCCUGGCAUGGGUCAAUACCACACACCCAGAAGUCUACUGAGCCCAAGGAAGACCACCUUGGUAUUUCAUGCUUCAUUUUGAGAACUCGUUAGUGGAUAGGGGGGGCAUCUCUGCCAUGGAGUGCCAGGGAGACUGCACCAACAGCACCAUGUACAAUGGGACUAAUUCAGACAUUGCAGGACCCCCUUACUCCCUCCAGAUCACCCUGGCUCUCAUCUCCCUGGUGGGCAUACUCAUGCUCUUCACCGUCUUUGGCAAUGUCCUAGUUGUCAUCGCUGUGUUUACCAGUAGGGCUCUCAAAGCCCCCCAGAACUUGUUCCUGGUGUCCCUGGCAUCAGCAGACAUUCUUGUGGCCACCUUGGUCAUGCCAUUUUCCUUGGCCAACGAGGUGAUGGGGUACUGGUACUUUGGCAAGGUCUGGUGUGAGAUCUACCUUGCCCUAGACGUGCUCUUCUGCACCUCCUCCAUAGUCCAUCUAUGUGCCAUAAGCCUGGACCGAUACUGGUCCAUCACACAAGCCAUCGAGUACAACCUGAAGAGGACCCCUCGUAGGAUCAAAUGUAUUAUCUUCAUUGUCUGGGUCAUCUCAGCCGUCAUAUCCUUCCCACCACUCAUCACCAUUGAGAAGGAGAGCGGCAAGGAAGAGGAGCCAAGGUGUAAGAUCAACGAGGAGAAAUGGUACAUCAUCUCCUCCUGCAUAGGAUCCUUCUUUGCCCCUUGUGUCAUCAUGGUCCUGGUCUACAUCAGGAUCUACCAGAUCGCCAAGAAGAGGACGAGGAUCCCCCGGAGCAAGAGGAGCAAUGGGGAACCUGAGAAGAAGCAGAAUGGGGAGGACUUGCCAGUCAAGUUGAAUGGGGAGAAGGCUGGAGGCUCUGGAGGUAACCAGCACAGAGAAGAAGAGGCCAAUGGGGGGGACAUGGAGGACUCCUCUUCUUCUGAGCAUAGGGAAGACCACCAGUAUUCCUCCAAGAAGAAGCAGGACAAGGCUGCCAGGGGCAAGGGCAAGACCAAGCUGAGCCAGAUCAAACCUGGGGAUAGCCUCCCGAGGAGAGAUGAGGAGAAGGAGAGUGCCAAAGCCUCCAGGUGGAGAGGGAGGCAGAACAGGGAGAAGAGGUUCACCUUCGUCUUGGCUGUCGUCAUAGGGGUCUUUGUUGUGUGCUGGUUCCCCUUCUUCUUCACUUACUCCCUCAUUGCCAUCUGUAGCAAGAGCUGCAAUGUCCCUGAGACCCUCUUCAAAUUCUUCUUCUGGUUUGGUUAUUGCAACAGUUCCCUGAACCCAGUGAUCUACACCAUCUUCAACCAUGACUUCAGGAGGUCCUUCAAGAAGAUCCUGUGCAAGGGGGACAGGAAAAGGAUUGUGUGAGACCCCCCACCCCACCCCCAAACCCCUUUCUUUGCAGUUUUUUUUUUUUUUUAAUGUAUGGAUACCUAUGGUGGACCUUAUAGAACAGACAUGAAGAAGCCCCCCCCCCCCUUCCUGGGUUCACCUUUAAGGACUGGAGACCUGAGUGGGUGCAGCAGCCCCUUCUUCAUUUUGUAAGGCAUGUGAUGAUGAUGAUGAUGAUAUUAUGAAUGCCUAAAUAUAUUUUACUACAAAAAAACAAAAAAAAAGACCGCUGUGUAUGGUUAUUGGACCCUUCUCAUCCUCUUCCCUCUUUUUUUAUAGGUUUUGUUGCUCUUACUGUUACAGUGUUGACUCUCACCUUGUUACAUUGUAUAUUCUCAUAAUAUUUUUAUGGCUUUGUUUAUGCAAAAGAAAAUGGCUCUUGUUAACUCUUUUAUGCUACCGAAACCUGCAGACCGCUGUCUGUGUGAAGAAGUGUUUUUCAGCACUGAACAGGUUAACGUUUCUGUGCGCCGGUGUAAAAAAAUGUGCAGCUCCGACAUCUUUAACCCCUCUUCUGCUGGGUAAAAACACACAAUGGCCCCUCCCCCUCCCCUGUUGCAUUUUUUCUAUCUGCUCCAUCAUUGUUGUUUUGUAACAUUGUUAUAUUGCAGUCCCCCCCCCCCCCCAAACCUGUGGCUCUUCAGCUUUUGCAGAACUACAACUCCCAGCAUGUUAGAAUUGGGAUUGUGCAACAGCUGGAGAGCCACAGGUUGAAGACUAUGUGCUCACUCUUCUCUAUGGCACUGAAACUGCUUAUUCUUCUCCCCCACUUGGCCUACAUUGUCAUACAAUCUAUUGAUCUAGGUCAGUGUUUCCCAACCAGGGGGCCUCCAGCUGUUGCAAAACUACAACUCCCAGCAUGUUAGAAUUGGGAUUGUGCAACAGCUGGAGAGCCACAGGUUGAAGAACACUGUCAUGAUGUAUAAUAGAUCUGAGUAUUGUUUUGCACUUGGCUAUUGCUACCCAGGGACACCCAGCCUGAGAUUUUAGGGACCAGUCAGUCCUUCUGGGCAUGGACCAUGGUGGGGUGAGGGACUGCUGGGUAUAUGUGCUCACUCUUCUCUAUGGCACUGAAACUGCUUAUUCUUCUACCCACUUGCCCUACAUUGUCAUGCAAUCUAUUGAUCUAGGCGAG